AUGUCUGAGAUCAAAUCCGUCGCCUACUUUGUCAACUGGGCAAUUUACGGCCGCAACUACAACCCACAGGAUCUGCCCGCGGAGAAAUUGACACACAUUCUCUAUGCAUUUGCGAACAUUCGUCCUGAAAGCGGUGAAGUGUACUUGACCGACUCUUGGUCCGAUGUCGAGAAGCAUUACCCGACAGACUCGUGGAAUGACGUCGGCGACAAUGUGUACGGAUGUGCUAAGCAGCUCUUCCUGCUCAAGAAGCAGAACCGCAAGCUGAAGGUUUUGCUUUCUAUCGGUGGCUGGACGUACUCGGCGAAUUUCGCACAGCCUGCAAGCACCGAUGAGGGUCGGACUAAGUUUGCUGAAUCGGCCACACGUCUGGUUCUAGAUCUAGGAUUCGAUGGUCUUGAUAUCGAUUGGGAAUAUCCCAAAGAUGAAACCGAGGCUCAGAACCUAGUUCUCUUGCUCCAGAAAUGCCGAGAGGUUCUUGACAGAGAGGCUGGUUCUGACCGUCGUUUCUACUUGACAAUCGCCUGCCCUGCCGGCGCGAGCAACUACGAGAAGCUUAAGUUCCAAGAGAUGACCCCAGUGCUAGACUUCUACAACCUCAUGGCAUACGACUUCGCCGGAAGCUGGGACACCAACGCUGGCCACCAAGCGAACAUCGCCCCUUCAAAUUCCAACCCUGCAUCCACACCGUUCUCGAUCGACGCUGCUGUAAACUACUACAUCAACAACGGCGGCAUCCCACCCUCAAAGAUCGUCAUGGGCAUGCCACUGUACGGACGCGCAUUUGAGAACACCGAUGGACCCGGCGCCCCCUUCAACGGGGUCGGACAGGGCAGUUGGGAGAACGGAGUGUGGGAUUACAAGGCGCUGCCCAGACCCGGGGCUGAGGAAAAGUUCGACGAGGAAUCUGGUGCCUCGUACUGCUAUGAUGGCGGUUCGCGCACGAUGGUUUCUUACGACACACCCCAUGUGGCGCAGCUCAAGGCGAACUAUAUUCGCGACCGCGGGCUCGGUGGUGGUAUGUGGUGGGAGAGUAGCGGUGAUAAGGGUGGGAAGGAGGCUGAUCCGGCGGAGGGAAGCUUGAUCGGUAUCUUUGUCGAUGGGGUGGGUGGUGAAGGCGCUUUGGAUCAGUCGUCUAAUGCCCUUGACUACCCUGAGAGCAAGUAUGAGAAUCUCAAAGCCGGCUUCCCCGAGCAGUAG